AUGUCGCAACGACCUCAGGUUUCACCUGUCAUGGAAUCAGCCCAGCCCGCGCGCGCAGCGGAAGCUGGUCCAUCGACGACAGCACCAUCUCAUCCUGCCACCACUCACCAACAGACGACGACGACAUCAACAACCGAAACUGCACCAGCACACCCGAACAUUGUGCCAGCCUCGAUCUCGUCCACAUUUGCGCCCACCGGCACCACUGCCCAGGCCGAACCUCUGACCCUCAACGACCAGCUGAAUGCCGCCGACCGUAAGUGGAAAUGGAAAAUCGGCAUGCGCAUCAUCAUCGUUCUUGUUAGCAUUAUCGGUAUGGGAUGCGUUGCGUGGAUUGUUGCCAACUUCACAACAUCCGCCAAGUACAAGUACUUUGACUGGGAUACCGACGACCAGUUCCUGAUUCCGUGGUUACUCAUUACUUUCGUGUUGUCCAUCAUCUGGAGUUCUGCUUGUAUUGCCGUCUUCUUCAUGAGAAAGACCCAUGAACCCAUGGUUCCUGGUGCGCAAGUUGGAAUCGACCUCAUUCUCUGGCUCGCUUAUGUCGGAACCGCAUUGUGCGCAGUGGCGGCCACCAUGUCCGUAGCUUCUUGGGGCAACAGCGGUCAAAUUGGGGGCCGUUAUUCUUAUUCUUCUUACAACGAAGGUCCUUGGUCGUACUCGGCCGGAAACAAUUCUUGGACGUACUCGCCAGAGUCGUCUUCAUCGUCUUCCGACAGCUACUACGGUUCGUGGACCGACAGCAGCAGCAGCAGCAGCAGCAGCGAAAGAAGCUGCAAUGGAUCAUCGUCGAGCUCAUACUCGUACCGCAGCUAUGAAGUCUACCCGUUCUCCGGCUGCGAAGACAUAGACGCAUACGUCAACACCCUGUGGCAGACCAAAGGAGCUCGUUUCAACUCGGAGCUCACAGCGUGUGUAUGCCAAUUCAUCGCUCUAUUCCUGCAUCUCACCCUUUUCGUAUGGGCGUGCGUCGACACACAUCGUAGGAGAAAGGGAAAGACCGGAAAGGACGCAGAGAAGCUGGCCGCGGAAAUCAUUCAGAACAUGAUCAAGACUGGUGCCGUUGUUCCACCGCCAAACCAGGCGCACAUGAGGCCGAUGGGGCAGCCUAUGCCACACGGAUUCCAACAGAACCAGCAGUAUCCUCAGUAUCCUCAGUACCAGGUGCCCCACUCGCAUCCGGUUCAACAAGCGCCUCAGACCCAGGCUCCGCAACCCGCUAGCAGGAUCCCACCGCAUGAACAGUCGGCUUUGGUAUCGUAA